AUGACCAACAUGAGCUGGAGCUUCCUGACGCGGCUGCUGGAGGAGAUCCACCACCACUCCACGUUCGUGGGCAAGGUGUGGCUCACGGUGCUGGUGGUCUUCCGGAUCGUGCUCACGGCCGUCGGCGGCGAGGCCAUUUACUCGGACGAGCAGACCAAGUUCACCUGCAACACCAAGCAGCCGGGCUGCGACAACGUCUGCUACGACGCCUUCGCGCCCCUGUCCCACGUGCGCUUCUGGGUCUUCCAGAUCGUGGUCAUCUCCACGCCCUCGGUCAUGUACCUCGGCUACGCCGUGCACCGCCUCGCCCGCGCGGCCAAGGACGAGCGCCGCCGGGCCCCGCGCCGCAAGCGGGGGCCCCGCGCGCCCCUCCCGCUGCCCCCGCCGUCCCACCCCACCUGGCCCGAGCCCCUCGACCUGGGAGAGGAGGAGCCCAUGCUGAGCCUGGGCGAGGAAGACGAGGAGCCGGGGGCGGCUGAAGGCCUGGGCGCGGAGGACCAGGUGGAGGUGGCGAGCGCGGCCAAGGGCCUCGGCGGGGACGCCAAGGCGGCGGGGACCCCCAGCCCCAACGGGCCGCACGACGGGCGGCGGCGCAUCCAGCGCGAGGGCCUGAUGCGCGUGUACGUGGCCCAGCUGGUGGCGCGGGCCGCCUUCGAGGUGGCCUUCCUGGUGGGCCAGUACCUCCUGUACGGCUUCGAGGUGCCGCCUUUCUUCCCGUGCAGCCGCCAGCCCUGCCCGCACGUCGUCGACUGCUUCGUGUCGCGGCCCACGGAGAAGACGGUCUUCCUGCUGGUCAUGUACGUGGUCAGCUGCCUCUGCCUGCUGCUCAACCUCUGCGAGAUGGCGCACCUGGGCCUGGGCAGCGCCAAGGACGCCGUGCGCGCCCGCCGCCCCGCGCGCCCCUCUCCCAGCCCCGCCCCGCGCCCGCCGCCCUGCCCGCUGCCCCCCGCCCCCGCCGGCCUGGCCUACCCGCCCGACUACAGCCUGGUGGUGCGCGCGCGCGCCCACGACCCAGACCUGGCCGGCCCCGCGCUGCGGACCUUGCGGGACGCGCGCGCGCUCGGGGACCGUGACCGCCCGCCCUGCCCCGGCCUCCCCGCCGCCACCCGGGGGCCCCCGAGGGCCGGCGCCUCCGCUUCCGGGUCAGGCAGCGCCACGUCGGGGGGCACGGGCGGGGACCAGAGCCGGCCGGGCGCCAAACUUAGGGCGGGCUCCGAGAAAGGCAGCGCCAGCAGCCGGGAGGGGAAGACCACCGUCUGGAUCUGAGGCCCCGCCCCGGGGCUCGGUCCUCCCUUCGCGCCGGCAUCGGCUGGGGACUCUGGGGUGAAGCUGGGUCUGGCCGCGCUGGGCACCCCUGCUCUGUAUCACGACCCCUGCCCACCUGAGCCCCCUCUCUGUCCGGGUAAGAGGGGAGGACGGGCCUGACAACCACAAGGGUCC